AUGGAUGAUCACUUGUCCAGAUUAGAAGAAGAAGUAAUGAUGAGGUUAGCUGAUGGAGUUGAGAUAAAUGAUUCGUUCCCUGAUGAACAUGUAUCUAAAUGGGUGGAAGCUAUUGCACUUUCAAACAAUGAAGGGAAGAGUGUCACCGGGUUUCUAGAAAAAGUAUUUUCUCUAGAUUUGUCUAGUGGGCAAGUUGAAGUAUCAAAUAGAGAGAUUAAACAGAUCCUUGCAAAGAAUGUGAAUGCAAAUAUAUUUGGUUGGUCAAGAAGGCUUGAUGAUGCUCUAUGUGCCUAUCACACUGCAUUCAAGACUCCCAUAGAGUUAGAGCACAAAGCAAUGUGGGGACUCAAGAAGCUAGAUUUGGAUUGGGACACUGCAUCAAGUCAAAGAUUGAAUGAGAUAAUUGAGCUAGAUGAGUUUCACCUAAAAGCAUAUGAAAGUUUAGCCUUGUGGCGCUUGUUUCCUGGCAAGCUCAAGUCCAAGUGGACUGGGCCAUACAAAGUGGUAGAAGUAUUCUCACACGGAGCGGUUGAACUUGAGAAUGAUGAAAGAACGAGGUUCAAUGUGAAUGGUCAAAGGAUAAAAAUCUACCUAGGUAAAACAGAGGAAUUCAAAGAGUUAAUAGAAGAAUGGGAUCUUGAUGAAGUUUGA